CUGUCAACGUAUUUGUUCUCACAAUGAAUUAUCACUUCGAUUGAUAACAGUUUUUUUAUCAACCGAUCGAGUUGAUGUUGACAGCUCGGACAGUGCUCCCCGAAUAGACUAAGCAUGUUGUGGUGUGUGUUGUUUAUUUUUGCCGCGUGCGGGACAACGCAGGCGGAGGAAUGGCAGGUGAACACGGUGCCGCUGCCCACGACAUCUAUUACAGACUCCAGGAUCAUCGGCGGCUCACCCGUCUCCAUAGAGCGAUAUCCCUUUAUCGUUCAAGUGCUGUACAACUCUCAGCUUCUGUGUGGUGGCUCGCUGCUGACAUCGCGGCAUGUAUUGACCGCCGCUCACUGCUUCUUUAACGACCAGGGCAUCCAAGUCGGCCCCAGACGGUUUUCCGUCCGUGUCGGCAGUUCGAACGCUAAUUCCGGUGGAAAGGUGCACAGCGUGUCAACCAUAGUGGUGCACGAGCGGUACAACAGGAUACCCCGCGACAACGACAUCGCGAUAAUGCUGUUGAACAGGCAUGUGAAGUGGAGUGACAGGGUGGGCACCGCACGGAUCCCCCUGGCAGACGCCGUGGUUCCCAAAAACGCCACUGUUGUCCACAUCGGUUGGGGAACAACUAGCACGACCAAUCCAGCGACCUCGCCGAUUCUAAACGGAGUAUCUGUCUACAAGAUAGACCACGCCGUUUGCAGAGAGCGGUACACAAUGCUGGAGCAACUCAGGGGAGAGCCUUAUCCAGUGACCAGCAACAUGAUCUGUGCGGGCGUACUGGACGUUGGAGGUAGAGACGCGUGCCAGGGUGACAGUGGAGGACCCUUGCUUUACAGGAACGUGGUCGUGGGCGUCACCUCGUGGGGCUACGGGUGCGCAUUGCCCCUGUUCCCAGGGGUCAGCGCCAGGGUCGCUAGUUACACCAAUUGGAUCACAAACACCGUGUCGCAACUGCGCGGCGGCUCUCGUGUCGAGAGCGCCAGUGCGUUGCUCCUCCUAGUCUCCGUGUCCGCGGCAUACUGCGCCAGACUCUCUCAGUUUUAACGUGUAAUGUGAUGUAUUAAAUUAAAUAAAUGUGAUAAUUUGUUAAGUUU